CUUCGUGAUAUCGUCCAACAAUUAGCACCCAUAAAAUUAUUAAUUCAGAGAAAAUAUGAGCUGUUGAAAAGGAGUCCGGAUAAUUAAGAAGGAAUGAUGAAAUUUUCUUAUGUAAGUGAUUGAAAUUUCUACUGCGAAAAUGGUGCGCAAUUGUUGUGUCAAGGGCUGCAAAUCCUUGUGGCAUCCCACUGCUAACCUCUCGUUCUUCCGGUUUCCUUUCAAGACGCCACAACUUAUGGAAACGUGGUUGGCAGUUGUCCCUAGUAAAGGGAACAUUUCGAAGACGUCAGUUGUUUGUAAUAAACAUUUCCAAAAUUUCGAUUUUAAUCAUGAAGGGUCUCGGAGAACUUUGAAAGAUAUUGCUGUGCCGAGUAUUUUCCCAAGUGAUGGUUCGAUGAGUGUUGCACGUGCAUGUCCUGAAGGGGCUGCUCACCAAACAAUGGAUGUUGGAGCAGACUCAAGUGAACAAAAUACAACGACUGUUUUGAAAACCAAUGACGUCUUGCCUGACUUAACAAAUGUGACACGCAUUGGAGGAAAUAUCAAGCUGGAUGAUCCAGUGAUUUUGGAGAACUUGGACCAAGGGCAGCACUGCCAACCAAAGUCGAAGGCAAAUAUUACACCACCGAAUUACGUCACGAUGCCGAGAGAAACAGCGGAUGCCAUGCGUCGACAAAUAAUCAUUCUUCAAAAAAAAAAAAUCGGCUACUUGAACGAAAAUACCGUAAUGUCACUGAGUUAGUAAAAGACCUGAAGAGGAAAAGUAAUUGUACAGAAGAUUUAGAGAGAGUACUGAUGCAGCGAUUUUCAAAUUUUAAUUUGGAACUUUUUAGAAGUGAAAUUAAUAACAACAAUGUUCCCAAAACUCUGGUACUGGAGACAUUGCAUGGGUGUUGUGAACCUCAUGAGAUGAAGAUUAUAAAAGCAAUUGCAAGUGAUUAUACCAAACUACGAUUGAGGAGUUAUGCUAAAACUCAAACACUAGAAGUUUGAGGCUCUAAAGUGACUGUUCAACAAAAGUUGACCAAAACAAUUCUGUUUUAUAACGUUCGAAUGUUUAUGGAUAGUUAGAAAGGUUAUGUGAUAUACAUGAUGAAA